AUGAGCGAAAAUAUUAAAAGUGGAAUUGAAUUAAAUUUUGAAAAACAAGAUUUAUUUGAUUUUAAAAAAAAUGGUGGUGUCCCUGGUAGUGGUGGUGGUAAUAUUAUUGAAGAAAAAAAGAUUGGUGGUUUAAAUAAAAGAGAUAGAAAAGUAUCAAUUGGAAUUGUUUUUGCAAUUUUUUUUUUUCAAGAGUUUGCUAGAGGAAUUAUUGUACCAAGUGCACCUGCAUAUUCAAAUUUAAUUGGUGGAGUUGGAGAUGCAUCAUUAUUGGGUUUGGUAAUUUCAAGUUUUAGUUUUGGUAGAUUAGUUGCAACCAUUGGAUUAGGAUUUAUAUCAUCAAAUAGUUAUUAUAAAAAGAUAUUUUCAGUUUCAAUUAUAUUUUGUAUUAUUGGUUCAUUUUGGUAUUCAUUUGCAUAUUUGGAUCAUGGAAGUGCCAAAUUCGGUGAGAUAUCAGUGGUUGCAUCAAGAGCAGUAUUAGGAUUUGGUGCAGGUACACUAAGUGUUGGUAGAUCAUUUAUUACUGAUGUUACAGAGGUUGCAGAGCGUACAGCAUUAAUUUCUCUCUCUGCAGCAGUCCAAUUCUUGGGUUAUGCAGUAUCACCAAUUGUUGGAUCAUUCCUUUCAUUUCUCCCUGCUUUUAAAAUUGGUACAGUUGAUAUUGAUUAUUUAACAUCACCAGGUUGGUUUUUAGGUUUCCAAAAUUUCCUAUUACUUUUAACUAUUCUUUAUUUCUUUAAAAAUCCAAAAUCCACCCAACCAACUACAGUUAGAAAAAAUAAUGGUUUUGAAAAUAAAGGUGGUGCAAAUAAUAAUAGUACCAAUAAUUUAGUAUCCAUGACAAGAGAUAUUGAAGAACAAUACUACCUAUCAGCAAGUAGUAAUUCAAUUAAAGCAAUAAAUAAUUUUGAAGAUGACAAUUCAGGAAAUACUGGAGUUGCUGAAGAAAUUACAAAUGGUGAUGAAAAUACAAUUAUGGAAAUGAAUUUUGGUAUUAGUAAUAGUGGUUCAAUUUGUGAUGCAUCGUCGACAUUAAAUGAAGAAAAAGAAAAAGAAAAAGAAAAAAAAGAAAAUAUUUAUAAAAUUAUAUUAAAAGAUAAACGGGCAUUAAUUAGUUUAAUAAUAUUCGUUUUAUUAAAUUUCUUUAUUAGAGCUGUGCUUGGUAUUUAUGAAACAUUGGGUACACCAUUAUAUGAUAGUUUGAAUUCCAAUUCAGCAGUAACUGACCUUUCCUCCGACUCAUUUUCAAAUUCAGGUUCAGGUUCAAGUGAUAGCAAUGGAAUGAAUAUCGAUAGUGGAAGUGGAUACUUUUUCGGUGGACUUGGAUUCGUUGGUAUCUUUUUCCUAUUGUUAAUUAGUUGGGCAAGUAAAAAAGAAAUCAUUCACGAUUAUUGGAUUUACAAUUUUGGUAAUGUUUGUGUUGCAAUUGGUUGUUUCAUUUCAAUGGCACAUCAUUUAACAUGGACUAGAUAUAUGCUAAGUUAUCUAUUCGUCUAUGGUAUUGGUUUCCCAAUUUCUCAAACUGUAAUCGUCUCAAUUUUUUCCAAAGUUUUAUCAAAUACAAUCGGUAACGCAUCUCAAGGUCUACUAAUUAGUAUCAUCACAUCAGCAGGUUCAUUAGGUCGUGUUGUCGGUCCACUAUUCUGUAGCGCACUAUAUUCCGACAAGAAAGGUGACCAAUUACCAAUCUUUGCAUUUGCAUUCUCUUUCUCAAUAUUCAUCUUAAUAGUCUCAAUAUUUAUGAUACCAACUGAAAUUGCCAAAAUUAAAUAUAUCAAUUGUAGUAGUGAUUCAAUUAAAGCAAAACAAAAAGUACCAUUAUUAUUUGAUGUUGAUGAUAAUGAUAAUAAUGAUGAUGAUGAAAAAUUUUUAAUUAAUUAA